AUGCCUCUACUACAUCCGCUACCUCAUUCAAGCUCCCUGGACCCCGCUUUUGCAUGGCCUGUCAAGUUCUGCACGUACACGACAGCGACAUGCUACGUGUUGUCCAUCCUGACGGGAAACGUGUCCCAAGUAGACCGACUAUGGACAUUUCUCCCGACUAUAUACACAGCGUAUUAUGCCCUCCUGCCGUUAUGGCCGCAUGAAGCCCCCGCGCCACUCUACCCAUACGCGCCCGAGAACGUCGCGUCGCACAUGACGCAAGACUUUAGCCCGCGCGCCGUCAUGAUGCUCGUCCUCCAGGUGAUCUGGAUGUGCCGACUGUCGUACAACACCUGGCGGCGUGGGCUGUUCAAUCUGCACGACGAAGACUACCGCUGGGAGAUCCUCCGGCGCAAGCUGCAUCCGGUCCUCUUCCACCUCACCAACCUCGUCUUCAUCGCCGCCAUCCAGAACAUGCUGCUCUUCCUCCUGGCGCUGCCGACGUACAUCGCUGCCGCGCAGCCACACGUCCCGCUCGGCACCUCGGACUACGUCCUCGGCGGCCUAGCGCUCCUCACGGUGCUCACCGAGUUCGUGGCAGACAACCAGCAGUAUUCGUUCCAGACGUUCAAGCACAGCGCGGAGCGGAAGCUGAACGAGAACGACUGGCCCGGCGCGCGCAUACGAUGGACGACGGAAGACUGCGAGCGCGGAUUCGUGACGAAGGGUCUCUGGGCUUGGAGCCGCCAUCCGAACUUCCUCUGCGAGCAGACGUUCUGGAUCAUCAUGAACCUCGUCCCGCUCUUGUCGCCCCAAUCGCCGUCCUUGCCCAAGGUCGUCGACGCGCACCACCCCGUCGCCUCGCUCUCCGUGCUGCUGCACGAGCCGACGCCGCUCUGGACGCUCGUGCCCGCGCUCUCGCUGUGCGCGCUCUUCUUCAGCAGCACGCUCUUCACGGAGAGCAUAUCGAUGAGCAAGUACCCGGAGGCGUACGGCGCGUAUCGCCGGCGGGUGGCGAUGUUCGUCCCGUUCUUGACGCCCGUGUGGGGGCUGCUGUUGAGCGUCUUCGGGGGCAGGGAGGAACGGGAGCGCGUGGACCGGCUGGUAUACGGGUCUGGUGCCGGUGCGGCAAAGGUGAAGGACCAGUGA